CACAAAUUAAGGCGCUGCGACUCCACCGGUUGUGAUUCCAAUGGCGCUGUGACUCCGAAAUGACUCGCUUCUCUUCCUCUUCCCUCUAUUUCUAACGUAAAUUCAGCGGCAUUUUGAUGGGGUCUAUGCUCGGUGACUUGCCGUCAUAUGAUCCUCACAACUUCAGCCAACUCCGACCCUCCGAUCCUUCAACUCCUUCUAAGAUGAUUCCAGCAACCUAUCAUCCUACCCACAGCAGGACCCUUCCACCACUGGAUCAGGUUAUAAAUACUGAGCCAAAAAAUAUACUUCUACGACACAUUUAUCAGCAUACAGAACAAAAGUCAAGAACAAAGAGACCUGCAGUCGAGCAUCCGAUGCCCGAGCACGGAAGCAAGCAACCAAGAGCAUCUACUGCCAACACUUCAAAUUGAGCCUUGGAGGGCAGUUUCUUCCAACAAUGUAAAAUCUUUCUAUGUUGUGAAAUAUGUGUUCUGUAUAAUGAGAGCAAAUUGCCUGCUCAGUGGCCGCCGGAGAAGAAACAGCUCGGCCCGACAUUUAAAUGCUGUAUAUAGAUUUUACUCCUUGCUAAACUCAGCCACACCAAAUUGUUCUCAAAAUCAUUAACUCGGUUGAACAAUUGUAACUAAUAUGAGUGUGCUUCCAAACAAGAACAGUUCA